AUGCAAACAAGUGCCCAAACCUCCCUAGCCAGCGAGAUGGUUGUUCACGACUUUCUCCACGACAAAACCUUCCCCUUGGCUGAACGACUAAAGCUUAUCCGCGAGAUCCACCACGCGAUCGGAACCAAGCUGUCAAACUCUUUGGAUGAAUGGUUGACACUGUGCGACUUUCAUCGAAAAAUGCUUCGUUCGGCAAGGUGUUGGGCGCUCCUACUGGUCUGGAACCGCCCAGGUCUAGAGAAAUUCCACGCAGAGCUGAUGGACGAGGUCACGAAAGAAGAUGCGGGAACGCCAAUGCCGCUGAAGCUUCUCAUCACGUCCCUUUUUGCAGUGCCGGAUCUCAUCUGGAGUUUUGUUGCAGAGAGGCCUGAAGGGGAAAACGUUGACGCAGCUCGCGAUACGCAGGAAACAAGGGUGGGCGUCGCCGCAUCGCCCUCCCUGCCCCAGAAGCUGCAUGCACAGGCACGCGGCCGCGAAAACGACGUCUGCUUUCUGACAGGCAAAUCAGCUUGCGACGCAUCUUACGUGAUCCCGCCGCGAGCCAGCAACGAAGAGGCCGUCCCGUGGUAUUGCCUGUUCCGCCUCACCUCGCAGUUUGGAGAUGAAGCAUCGAUCAGGCGGCUGAUGGGAAAGUUGGAGCCAAAUGGUGGUCUUACCGGAACUGCCGCCAAUGUAAUCACCCUGAGCGGUCCAUUGAAGCGCAUGUGGGAGCGAGGCAGGUUCGCUUUGGAACCCGUGGGUUACGAGACCAGGAUGAAGCCGUCGGAGGAUGCCGCCACAAGAUCGCUGGCUUACCAGGAGGCUGCUCUCCGGCAAACGACGAGCACACGGGAUCCCCCAGCCGCUUCCGUCACAUGGAUGCGGGAUUUGGUGACCCGGGCGAUGCAGUCGACAACAAAGGAUCACGACCAGGACGCCAAGAAGGAGGCCACGCAGAUUGGCAUUAAAUUGCGUUUUCACUGGCUGCGGAAGACCAACCUCGAAGGACUGGACGACGAUCCUCCCAAUCUGGAUUCCGAUCCUCGCCUGCUCUUUCAAGAGUGGGAGGACAACGGAGACAACCCCCCUGCGAUGCGGGUCCACGGUUCCGGAGAUAGCUUUACCAUCUGGGCCGACAACAUCGACGACCUCCCUGACUGGGAUUUUCUCCAGCUGCGUUGGUUCGCUAUGCGGCUGUAUUGUCUGACUGGUGCCGCAGACCCCGACUUGUACAUCCCGCGGAACAACGACAUGCUUCGCGACAGAUUAGAUGCCGCGAUGGAGCGGGCCAAUAAGAAGAUCGACGAGCGCCGUCUGGCGGAGGAUGGUGGUGUGUCACUUGUCUCAACUUGGCGAUCUUUAACACCAACGCGCGUACUUCAGGACAUGGGGAACCGCACGGAUUUCCUGGACGAGGAGGGCCUCCUUUUGGAAGACCGACUCGAGAUCAUUGACGAAAUCCGUCAGGAGAUGGCGAAUCAUCCGCCAAUCAACAUGUACUACGACAGAGAGGAGAGUUAUCGUUCCCUGAGGUCCUGGGCCGUUCUCCUCACGUGGGAAGGGCGAGGUUUGCGGGCCUUCCGCGACGCCUUGAAUGGCGCGGACGAAAAGCGCAGAAACCGCCGGUGCGAUGAGUUCUUCCGCGUGCUUGGGGGGCUCACCGACAUGGUCUACCUGUUCGUGAAGAACCCCAACGAUCCGGCGGAGCUUGACAUAUCUCACGAGAAGACGUCAGGCACUCUGACGCAGAAUCGCGGCCGGAGCGUAUGUCCUUUUACGGGAAAAGCUGAUGCAGAGGCGUGUCACAUCAUCCCAACGAACGCAAAUAAGCCCGGUUCCUAUUCCAUGGGACACAAGCUUCGGCGCAAGAACAAUAUCAUCGACACUCCCGCCAAUAUGCUCUUGCUGAGCACCCAGUUACAUCGCAUGUGGCAAGAGGGCAAGUUUGCCUUGGAGCCCUUGGGAUACGAGGAGAGGCAGAAGCCGCACUCUGCCGCCGCCGCGCACUCUUCCAUCGUGCAACCGACCAUACCUGUUGCCUCUAAACCAGUUGCGUCGCAAAAUUCCUCGGAUAGGUAUGCAGACGCCGAAAUGGAGGAGCAUAAAGCUAAGAAGCGUCGGUUGAUGGAACCUGAAGCUGAGAGAAAAGAGCGAAAAGAGCAAAAGAAGAUGGAAUUCGGUAUCAAGGUCCGAUUUCACUGGCUUUCGAAGACCGAGUGCCAAAGUCUAUUUGACCGCUAUCCCGAACCGGAGAAGGCCUCCAAUCCCCGCAGCAUGUUUGUAAAGCGAGAUCCCGCCGAUGCCGUACCCGUUAAGGAUGGCCAGAUUGUCACGAUAUGGGCCGACGAUGAAUCGCUUCUGCCUGACUGGCAUCUACUCAUACUCCAGUGGCAUGUGCUGCGGCUCCACUGCUUAUCAGGGAGGGCAGACCUUGAUCUGUAUAUCCCCGAGAGGGAUCAGGAUGAAGAUGAGGACCUCGCUACGAGGGCUCUCGCCGCAAAGAAACGAGUCGAAGACAGGAUUGCAGAGGACGAGGCAAGAGCUCUUGCUAAACAGCAGCGAGAACUGUAUGCGCUUCAGCUCGCAUGA